AUGGUUCGCCCUCGUGGUAGGUCCAAUCUGGGCGUGGACAUCCGCGGCGAUACCAGUGCGCCUGCGAUGUCCACCAUGAACGACAUCAGCCCGAUCGAGCCCUCCUCUCCCGAUAUGGGCAAGCGAUUCGAGAAUCACUUGUCCGAAAAGUCCACAACCAAAUCCCACACAAAGCGUCGUCGCAAUCGCUCGUUGCUCCAUCGUUUCGCCGACACCUGCCUCAAGUACACCUGGCUGUUGCCGCUGAUCAUCAUGAUCUUCCUACUGUCGCUCUACGCCAUUAACCCGACCCCGUCCAAUCCCAUGCACAGUGCCAUCUUCCUUUCCUACCAGCAGCCACCUAAGGUCCCCGGAGGUCCGAUCAUGUACGGAAAGGGCAAGAAGGAUAUCGCCUUCGUGGCGUUCUACACCAUCGUGCUCUCGUUCACGCGCGAAUUCAUCAUGCAGCAGCUGAUCCGACCUCUUGCGGCCUUCUGCGGUAUCCGUGGAAAAGGCAAGACGGCCCGCUUCAUGGAGCAGGUCUACACGGCGAUCUACUUUGGUGUCUUUGGUCCGUUCGGGUUGUACGUCAUGAAGCGGUCGGAUAUUUGGUAUUUCAACACCACGGCGAUGUUUGAGAACUUCCCUCACCGCGAGCACGAGGCGCUGUUCAAAGCUUACUACCUUCUCGAGGCGAGUUACUGGGCGCAGCAGGCUAUUGUACUCAUGCUUCAGCUUGAGAAGCCUCGUAAGGAUUUCAAGGAGCUGGUCGGACACCAUAUUAUCACCUUGGCGCUGAUUGCUCUGAGCUACCGCUUCCACUUCACAUACAUCGGUUUGGCGGUGUACAUCACCCAUGACGUCUCGGACUUUUUCUUGGCGACCUCCAAGACGCUGAACUAUCUUGAUGCAUACAUUACAAUUCCAUACUUUGCAGUAUUCGUUGGCAUGUGGGUCUACCUACGCCACGUGCUGAACCUGAAGAUUCUUUGGGCUAUUCUGACCGAGUUCCGUACCGUGGGUCCUUUCGAGCUCAACUGGGAGACUGAGCAGUACAAGUGCUGGAUCAGUCAGUACAUUACCUUUGGUCUGCUUGCCAGUCUUCAGGCUGUCAACCUGUUCUGGUUGUACUUGAUCCUGCGCAUUUUAGCCAACUAUAUUUUCAACAGCGUCACAAAGGACGAACGCAGUGACGAUGAGACCGAAGAAGAAGUCGAGGUUGAGGUCCAGACCAAGGCUACCCUCGCGACUGGUACCGAGUUCGCCAAGCAGGAGAACCAAGCUCCGCAGGUCCUUCUGAACGGUGAGCCUGCCCCUGAGCAGCGUGGUCCCAGGACCCGCAGCCGAAAAGCGUGA